CACAUCACGCUCCACCGCACGGCGCUACCAAGUCUGCUGCUUCUGUUUUCUCUCAUCUCUCAAGAGCUGCACCUGUGAGAGUACGCCAGUGAAGAUGAGAGCACUGCUGAUUCUCACCCUCUACAUUUCAUCUCUUGGGGUCCUGCACUGUGGCCCCGACCCCUCUCCCACAGAACUGAGUGAGGAUGUUCUCCAGGGGCUGUCGAGGGAUGGUGAGCGUUAUGUUGACGAGGAGAUGAAGAGAGCCUUGUUUGGGGUGAAGCGGAUGAAGGAGGUGAUGGAGAAGAACCAAGAGAAGCAUGAACACCUCAUGAAGACCCUCAAAGAAAGUAGCGACAAGAGGAAGGGGGCAGUGCAACUGGCCACAGAGGCGGAGCUAAAGCUUCAGAAGGCGGAGGAGCAGUGCCAUGAUUCGCUAAGGACAUCCUUUAUGGAGUGUCGACCCUGCCUGGAAGACACGUGCAAGACAUUUUACACCUCCACCUGCCGGAGAGGCUUCUCCUCCUUCUCUUUCAAAGUGGAGGAGUUAUUCAGGAAGUUAUCCUCUCAACUGGAAACUCCAGACCAGGUUGUCAAUCAGAACCAAGAUAACCUGAACCAGACCCAGAACUCGGACGAUCCAGAUCUGGAGCUGGUGCGGCUGAAUGCCUCCUUCAGUCAGAUGCAAGGGAAAAUGAGCUCCCUGCACAACCGGAGCACAGAGCUGGUCAACAACAUGCACCAAGAGUUUGGCCAUGGCUUCUGGGUGGCCUUCACCACUAAGCUGAAGCCCGAGCCCCUCUCCCCCACACAGGAGUCCCCUAGUGGGGGCUUCUUCAUGGGCAUGGGCCGCCUUGGCAGCAUGGGCCUCGAUGAUGUGCUGGAGGAAGUAUAUGACUUUGGCCGGGCUGUAGUGGAAGACUUCAGCGAUGCAAUGACAGAUGUCUUGGACGAGAUGCAGGAGGCUGUAGAUGAGGAGUCUUGGCAGCAGAGAGAGUCCUUCCCUAGCUGGAGCUGGGUCCCAGUUCCAUUCCCAGACAUGUAUCUCUGUAGACAGCUCCGCAGGCAGGUAGCAGAGUGCUGGCAGCUGCAGAGACUGUGCGAGUCCUGUCAGGACACUUUGGUGAAAGAGUGUCCCAGUGUUAGGGAACUCCACUCUGCGCUGGAGGAGACCUACCGGCUGCUCAACACGUCUCGUCUGCAGUAUGAGGAGAUGCUGCAGGUGGUCCAGAAACACACGGAUGACACACGCACCUGGCUCAACGCCAUGGAGGCCAAAUAUGGCUGGGUGACGCAGCUCACCAAUGGCACCCUGGGUCCUCAGUACAUCUUCAGUGUGAGCGCGGUAAGUUCACAGUACACACGUGGUUCUACAGAGCUAGAGGUGCAGGACUCUGCCUUCAUUCAGUAUGUGGCCCAAGAGGCCCUGGCCCACUACAAACAGUCAAAGAUAUGA